CACCAAGACCAGAUGUCCCCUUUCAUUCAUCUGCCCAGAAGUUUAGCUUUGGAACAUCUGUAAUUUACAUAUCUACAUUCCAGUCAGAAUGAGUCCCAGAUAAUGUACUCAUUUGUUUUCUGGGUUGCAUUGUAAGGGAAAUAGUUCUAGAGGUAGAAACCCUCGGUGAAAACUCCAUGAAUUUCCUUCUGUCAAUUAGGAAGAUUUAAGUGGCAUUAACUUCGACAGAAAGCUCAAAAAGGAAAACCGAGAGACAGAAAAUGAGCAGAGAAUGGCAGCAAGAGGUACAACUUCAGAAGUAGAAGGCAACCAACCGACUGGCAAAGAAGACUCAUCCAUUGUGACUGUGGCAGGCCCCGGGGCGGAAACCAAGGCAGGCCAGCCUCUGGAAAACAGCUCGUUCAUGGCCGAGCUUCUGAGCGACGUGCCCUUCACGUUGGCCCCGCACGUGCUGGCCGUGCAGGGCACCAUCAGUGACCUUCCAGACCACCUGCUCACCUGUGACAUCAGCGAAAACUUAUCACGGUUUUGGUAUGAUUUUACUCUUAAAAAUUCAGUGCUCUGUGAUUCAUAGUUUUUAUAUUUGUACCUUAACAGCUUUAAAACAAAAGUUUGCCAUUGUAUUUAACGUGUUUGAUGUUCUUUGCCAUUUCACUGUCUAAAUGCCCUCAGAAAAGCAAGGAUCAUAAAGUAUGUUCAUUGCUCUGUUUUUCAGAAUAAAGUACAUUUGUAUAAAAAAAA